GGGAAAGUCUUUGCUUCAUUUGCAGGACUUCUCUAUGGAGAGAGCGAAGGAUUAUUUUAAAAGUAAACAGCUUCCGCAAACCAAAUUUGAACGUGACUAUAAGUAUUUCUGUGACGGCUAUAUAAGUGACAUUUUUACAGCUUACAACAUUUCAAUCGAUGAGACUAUGGUUUCUGCCAAAUGUUAUAGAAGUCAGCGUAAAAACAGCCCCCCACAUAAAUUGAGAUUACUUUUGACAAAUUUAAUGAUCAAAGAAGCUAGUUGCAGUUGUUUGAUAGGGUUGACACAGGCAUGUGGUCACUUGGUUGGUCUGUGUUUCACGCUGGAACACUUUAUUCUUCGUAAAUAUCAAGAGGUGCCAGACGAAUUGACAUGUACGGAGAUUCUACAAAAAUGGGAUAAACCAAGAGGCAAGUCUGUAGCAUUUGAAUGCGUGAUGGAUGUUUCAAUUCGAAAACCAAGCGAGACACCCAAGAAGAGAGCACCACUUUACUGUAAAUUGCAAAAAAUGGCCGAUUUAAAUAAUAGUAUCAUUAACGAUGGGGUUAUUGAGAAAAAUGCUGCAGAAUUGAAAGAAAUAAAUCCAUAA